AUGGAACCCAACACCAUUACUUCAGAGCACUUCCACGGUUGGAGACUCAAAACCAACUUUUCUACGGCGUCUUUGGAAUGGUUGCUGUGGGAAGAGCAGAAACUGGGUCGGUGCCUUCAACCUGCUGGUAACCAAGGUGAAUACCGCAUUCCUUACGGUCGGUAUGCUGUGGGCGGGUACGAUAGUGAGGACAACAUCGUGUGCGAGUUUCAAGGUUGUUUGUGACACGGAUGCAGGGCUUAUUACCCUAACAAGACUGAGGAACAUCGUUUUCUCGAGGACUGCAGAAUGAUUGAUGUUUAUCUUUGUACGCAAGAAAAAUUCCAGUUCCUUAGAGAUAAAGGGUACAAUGUAGUAGAAAUGUGGGAGUGCCAAUGGUGUAAGAUGAAAGAGUAG